AUGCUGGGCUGGAGGUUGCUAGUCUCCGUGCUGAACACGGUUCACCUCCUUGUCAGCGCCAUCCUGCUGACGGCUUCGAUCAUGUCCUUCUUCGGGGACAAAUCAUCGACGUCUUCGAGUAGUUCGACCAUGGCGCCAAUUACGACGGCUGUCUCGCGUGAACAGGAACAGGAAUAUGCGGCGCGAUGCGUCGGCUACGACAUUGGUGACAAGAAGGAUUUCCUGGACAAAUUCAACAAAGACCUCGACGCAAAGGCCGAGGGGUCGCAGGCCAUCACGGGAUUCAAGAAAGCCAACCUGAUGAAGGACCCCGCGCACACGCAUAAGAACCCGUUGAUGCCAUCCAUUGAGAAAUUCUGGGAGACCCAUGAUGACGACAGGGGGCCGGUGGACAAAGCAGCCAAGAAACUACUCUCCUACAGCAUUGACUGCGCAGAUACCUACAAGAUCGAAGCUACUACCCCCAAACCCGAAGGUAGCCCCGACCCCACAACAACCUCCGACCCCGAAGCUACCGUCGACGACGAAAACUACGCGCUCGUCAUUCUGAUCGUCCUCAUCGUCAACCUGCUGGCCACCAUUAUCUCGUUCGUGGGCGUUUGCUGCGUGCGCAAGUGGUUCAUGCAGUUGCCGCUCAUUGUCAUUGCG